AUGGUGCAAGCUGUCGCUUUUGGACUGCUCGGGCUAGCUGCCUCUGCCUUGGGCACCUAUGCGCCCUACUAUGCGAACCUGACGUGGGAGCAACCGCGGACUCUGUCCAACUGGUCCAAUCUUACCGUGGAGACACGCACAGGGACGUUCAUUGGCAUGCUGAAUGACACUUACCCGGACGUUCGGCAGUUUUUGCGAGUCCCUUAUGCCAAGCCUCCUGUUGGGGAUUUGAGAUGGCUUCCUCCUCAUCGGCUUGAUAACUCAAGCAAGAAGAUCGAUUCCACCUUCUACGGUCCAGCCUGUCCGCAGUAUGUGUCGGGAGAGAGUGAUUUCUGGAAUGAAUACGAACCGGCGAAUCUGCUGCUCUCCGUCGGCGAAAGGCUCAACCAGGGAUCCACGGCAUGGUCCUCGGCGGAGGAUUGCCUGUCUCUAGCGGUGUGGACUCCAUCGUAUGCUAAUGAGACCUCCAAGCUGCCAGUUGCGCUGUUUGUCACGGGAGGUGGUGGCAUCACGGGGGGCAUCAACAUCCCGUCCCAGCUUCCCUCCGCUUGGGUAUCGCGUUCUCAGGAGCAUAUCGUUGUUACCAUCAAUUAUCGAGCCAACAUUUUCGGCAAUCCCAAGUCGCGCGCGUUGAAUGAAACAUCGCUAACACUGAUGGAUGUGCGUGCUGCCGUGGAAUGGGUAUACGAGAACAUUGAAGCAUUUGGUGGAAACCCCGAAAAUAUCAUGGUCAGAUUCCAGUAUUCCACUCACAUGACUAGAGCUAACGAUAAGCAGCUAUGGGGACAGUCCCAGGGUGCCCUGCUGACACAUCUGUACACCCUCGCAUGGCCAGAAGAGCCUCUUGCCGCCAAGUUCGGCGUUAUCUCCCAAGGAGCAUCUGCCACACUCAAUCUCUCCACCACGCCUGACGUGUACCAAGACUUUGACAUCGUGGCCAAAGGACUAGGGUGUAAUUAUGGUGAUGAUGCCGAGGCCGAGCUGGAGUGCAUGCGCGGGAUCUCCUGGGUGCAGAUUGAGGAGUAUAUUAACCGCUACAAUAGCUCUCCUUCUAUCGCCUUCACGAACUAUAUCCCCGAUGAGCGAUAUAUUUUCUCCAACGAGAGACAGCGAUACCUUGAGCGCAAGGUGGCCCGGGGCCCAUCAAUUCGAUCUGACACGGCACGAGAAUUCCCCAGCACAAACACGACUUCGGUUAAUAUCGAAGAGGGCGAAUCAGACUGUCUGGCAGUGACUGAUCUUGCACUGCGUGCGUCGAUCGGACUCGAGACCUAUCGCUACUACUGGGCUGGCAACUUUUCCAAUAUCAGUCCCGUCCCGUGGCUAGGAGCAUUCCACUGGACUGACCUGCUGAUGAUCUUCGGCACAUACAUUCUCGAUGUCGGCGAGAUCUCACAGCUGGAAGUCGACACCUCCGCUACGAUGCAAGACUACCUGCUUGCCUUCCUCAAGGACUCGUCAACCGUCAGCGAGACGGUCGGAUGGCCAGUAUACCUAGGCAACGAGAGCAACGGGGGCCUCAUCCUAGAAUUCGGCAACGAGACAGCAGUGCGCACCAUCACAGGCGACUGGCUCGACGCAGGAUGCUUCAAUUCAUCUAUUCCAUUCAGAAUCUGGGGGUAG